UGUGUCACCUUUUUCAGCCCUUCUGAGUUUGCAGGUGACUUUGACCAGAAGCCCUAUGUGUCUGGAGAUGCAGACUGCUCAACAACCCAGCUGUGCGGAGACGAGGACUAUGUGCUGCUGGCGUGUGAUGGCUUUUUUGAUGCAGUCAAACCUUCAGAGGUCCCUCAUAUGGUCUUGGAUGCACUCCAUCUGUCUUGUGACCCCGAGGGCAGGGCAGACGCUCUGCUGGAACAGUCUGAGGACACUGCUGGACUGAGAGUCGCUCAACAGUUGGUAGGUCACGCUGACGCAGCCGGUUCUAGUGAUAACAUCACAGUGAUGCUGGUGUUUCUGCGACCACCGCAGCAGCUGCUGGCUCAAAACUCCAGUACAGGACCUGCACAAGCUACUCAAGACUCUUUGCAAGAUGCACCACAGCAGUAAAGAAGGAGGUUUGCUGCCCCAACAUUACUGUGCCAAGCUACUGCCUGACUCAGCAUUUUCUUUUUCAUUCCCAAGCUGUCAGACAUCCUGCAGACUGACAAAGCUCAUUUAACCUAACAAAACACAUGAACAUAGCAGGCUUUAGUCCCAUUAUGUCACUGCUUUGGAGGAAAAGUGUUGAUUCAACUGUAUUUAAAAAGAUCAUUGGAAAAGGUUUGUUAGAUUAUGCAGGGCUAGUGAGCUGUGGUGGGUGUGCCCCUCCUGAGUCCCUUGAAUGCGUCCUCCUGCUGUGUCAAUUAGUUUGUGAUUAUUUGAAUGUUAAAGGAUAAACCCCAUUGUGUGUGUGUGUGUGUGUGUGUUUAAGUGAUUUCUCCCAAUGCCUUGAAAAUGCCUUUUUUCUGUGCUGUGUUUCAGUGGUUACUUAAAUUUUUCUAGUAGCUAUUGUCAACUUUAGU